CGGAACCAGCGGGCGGGCGGCGGCGCGGUCCGCAGGUUGGCGCACCGCACGCGCGUCGUGGACGAGGUCCCCCACCAGCAGAACGCCUACUACAACCACAGAGACGUGGCCUACUACAACCACAAAGACGGCGCGCGCAUCGUCAAGUCGUCGCACUUCGAGCAGGACUACAUGCUGGGCCGCAAGAUCUCCUUCUUCUGCAUAGCGCAGGGCUACCCGCGGCCGGAGAUCACCUGGUUCAAGGACGGCGUCGAGCUGCUCGACCACGACUACUUCCAGGUGCGAGAGUGGACUUCGGGCAACGACACGGUGCGCUCCAAGAUGGAGAUCGACCCGGCGAUGCAGCGCGACGCCGGCUACUACGAGUGCCAGGCCGACAACCAGUACUCCGUGGACAGCCGGCGCUUCCGCACCGACUACGUCGUCUACACCUUCUAGCCUACCAAUACACUGCGCCGUAUUUCCCUAACAGACCACCUCGGGACCAACGGUCACUACCAUUGCAGGACGCGAUUUGGACACAUGUUUUCCUGCCUCAUCUGCAUAGAAUCAGUGUCAAUGUGGCACCAUGUUGCGCCUGUAACCAGCAUUCCAUUAUAGAUCUAAACUGUCUGUUGUUUCUUUCUACCAAGUA